UGCAGACAAGAACUGGGGGAGGGCAGAUAUAAGGUCUAUGCUGGAGAGCAGGAACGCUACUUCUUACUAGUACUAGCCAUCUUUCUCUUCCCACAUUGUCUAAAGAAGUGUUUAUACUCGGUUUUCCAUUCAUUUGUGCGUCUGAGCGCAUCAGUAGAGCGGGUUUGAUAACCUCUUUUAAUCCCAUAGCCGCGCUGCUACAGUAGGUCUCUCUCUCUCGCGCGCUCUCUCUCUCUCUCUAUCCCUCUGCAGUCUGGCCAUUUGCUUCAACCCGGCGUGUAUUAGGGCUUAGUGGUCCACCAUUUUAUGACAACAUGUCGAAAGAUGGAGAAAAAACCGGGUGGAAGGAAUCUAUAUGGAACUCGAGGACGAGGGAGUUUCUGGGCAGGACGGCUAGCAGCUGGGGUCUUAUCCUUCUCUUCUAUUUAGUUUUCUACAUCUUCCUUGCCGGCUUGUUUACACUCACCAUGUAUGUCAUGCUGCAGACUUUGGACGACCACAAACCGACCUGGCAAGACCGGCUCACCACACCAGGCAUGGUGAUCAGACCCAAAGCAGAUGAGACCUAUGAGAUUGUCUAUGACAUCGGGAAAACUGAGACCUGGGACAUGUACGCUCAGGCCCUGGAUAAGUUCAUGGCACCCUACAACAACUCCGUCCAGGUUGAGAAAAAUAACGCCUGCACCCCAGAUCAGAACUUCCUGCAGGAAGACAGCGGCGAUGUGAAGAACAACCCAAAGCGCUCCUGUCAGUUCAACCGCACCAUCCUGGAGGACUGCUCUGGAAUCGGCGAUCGUUACUAUGGAUACCAGGAUGGCAAGCCAUGCAUCAUCAUCAAACUGAAUCGGGUGAUUGGGAUGAUCCCAGGAAUAAAUGGAGAAGCUCCGUUUGUCACCUGUGGUCCAAAGAGAUACAGAGUUGGCGAAGAUCAAUGGAGAGAAGACACUAACAACAUUGGAGAAAUGGUAUACUUCCCUCCAAAUGGCACUUUCAACCCUAUGUACUACCCUUACUACGGCAAGAAAGCUCAGGUGAACUACUCUCAGCCUUUGGUUGCUGUCAAGUUCCUUAACAUUACGACCAAUCAAGAUGUCAACAUCGAGUGCAAGAUCAACGCCAACAACAUUCCCCUUGGAACUGUGAGAGACAAGUGGGCCGGAAGAGUGUCUUUCAAGCUGAGGAUUAACACUAAUACCUAGGUUGACCUUUUCCCUCUCCUGAAAACUACUUCAUUCAUUCUCUGCAACAUUGCACAUAGACAGAAACAAAUCUCAGUAUUCACACCCUUUGUAAGAUUUGUUUACAACCCCCCCCACCCCCCAAAUUUGGGGGGAAAUUGUUUGUCCAGUUGUGUGAUGGAAUGGGGCAAGAAUAAAAGGGUGGUAAUUCUGUCAUUAUUUCUGUCUGUGAGCUUUGGGACAAAUUCUUCUCUAGAAAUUAGUUUCAGGUGACGUCUAUUCAUACUGCAUGAAAACUAGGGGAUGUAAAGGAUGUCAACAUGUGUUUUCAAAGUUUGCAAGGAUCAGCAACAUUAACACUGUAUAGCUGCUCCCCUCCUGCUGCCUCCUUAUAGAGUACCCCUCUAUGAAUAUACACAACUUACAAUACAACAUGUGUAUAUCAACAGUAUUUAUACGGUAUCAUAACCUUAUAUCAGUACGUCUAUUUUGUUGCACUUAAAAGAAUAAUCCAACAGAUUCACAUAUAUCUUGAUGGAUGGAUGCAGAGAUGAAGCCAUGUUGCAUGUGUGUAUUGUCUUUAGUGUGCUAUGAGGGCAGGAGGCCCCUUAAUCCCACCUCUCUGCUAAGUGUGAACAAAGGUUACGUGAAACCACUGACCACCAGGAGGGGCCACACUGUAAUCUACUGAACCUUACACUCAGCAAGUGUGUAUUUUUGAGAACAAUACUGUAAAAUAGGCAUCUCCGGGAAAAAAAGGGAGUUACAGUUGUGGUCAAAACCUUUAAGAGUGUGUAUGUUUGUGCAUGUAUGUGUGCGUGUGUGUGCGCGUGUGUUCUCCAUUCACGGGUCCCAUUUCAUACUGUAGGUCGGGAAGUUGCAUGCAAUGUGCAAUAUUCAUUAAGUGGCAAACAUGAUGAAUGCCUGAGUCGGAUGAGACGACUUCCAUUUAAUGACAAAUAUUUUUGGAUCAUUUGAUAUUCACAUUGGUUGUUUGACCUGAGAGCAGAUUAUGAAACAGAUGUUUCAUAUUUGGUUUCCAAUUUGGUAUCUCUCAUGCUUCAGAUAUCUUACAACACCACCUUAGUUUGACUAAAUAAUCAAUCAGCUAGUGGCUAAACAGAACCGUAACGCUUCGCAGCUUUUCAUCCAACCACCUGAAUAUCAAAUGAAAAUAGCAACGCUGAUGACGUGACACUCCCUGUCACUGUGUCUAUCGUUUUAUUCCUAAAGCUGAACCAAGAGCUGUUUUCUUGUGUCUCAAUCUUUAAUUAAUUUAAACACGACUAUUUACAGUAUUUAUUUUGUUCUUUCGUGUAUUGCAUCUAUUUCAUGUGUAUCAGAAAUAGAUGCCAUUGCCUAAUUUUGUAUUUAUUUACACUGGAAGUGUGCUUUGAAUUAAUUAAUGUGCGGUUUUGAAGGAUUUAGAAAGUUUGUGUUUGCGCCCUUUUUCACUCGUACCUGUUCCCAUCCUCUGAAAUAUUUAUUCAGGAUACCAAAAGGUAUAGUUUAUAUAUUAUUUUAUGGUUACUAGAGUCUUGCAUCUGUGAGUUGGUAGUUUAGUUUUAUUGUCCUGUAGGAAAUUAACAAAACAAAUUUACUUCCGUAAGUAAUUUUUCCUCUUCGUUUUUUAUUAUCUCGUGGUAUUUCCCCCCGACCAAUGAAUCAGUCCGGCGGCAAAACCAUCAGGAUAACUAGACAACGACCUGUUGAAAAAGCUCAGAUUAGGCCCAAAUUUGGUACCGUUUACAUUAACGUGCAUUUAUUGUCUAGUACAAAAAAAACAGUCUUUUUAAACUUUCAUUACUUUGGCACGGCUACAGAUAUUGUACCAACGCGACGGUGAUCCUCCCACGUCGUCGCAGCAAAUGUGGAACACGAGCAUCUGUUCACUCGCAUUGAGGUCGACUCCAUUUCUCUCAGAUUAAUCUGUUUCUCUCGCAAAUAUCUCACAGUGGUCUUAAAAUGACCUCAUUCUCUGAUCCAGACUUGACAAACAAAGACAAUUAGAUCUGAUGUGAUUGUAUGAUCUAUGUCUGCAGGGUUAUUCAUAAGGAUGUGCUCCAACAGUCAUUAGAGGCUCUUUUUUGUUUUGUUUUGCUUUUUGUGACCAUCCCCUGAGCAGUUCAUGCAUUUCUCCUCUGGCAUUCCUGCAACAUUUACUUCAUUUCUCUGUAAUCUCUGAAUCUGGCCAGCUAAUCCAGAGCAGGCACACUCAAUUUAUCUACUCUACUUUGUCGCUCCUCCUCCUCCUCCUCCUCCUCCUCCUCCUCCUCCUCCUCCUCCUCCUUGUGUCAAAUGCAUUCAAUGUAUGGCUGUUUUUAUUUAUAUUUUUCCUAUUUCACCCCAAUCAUUCUUAAAUUGAUCAAACCCUAGUAACCCUCAUUCUGGCAAAUAAAAUGUUCUGUUUCAUCACACAAUUGGCCAUUGUUGUAUUACUCAUGUGCAUGUGGAGAUUAGUUCUUCAACCAAAGAUCUUCAUGAAAGUUUAAAUUUGAUUUAUUUGUGCUACAUUGACAAAUCCUCAACAAGUUACUGUAGGAUCCAAGUGGACGGCUAAGCACCCUGUGUUAAUAAAAGGCUUAUACUCUUAUAUAAUACUACUACUAAUAAUAAUAAUACUAAUCAUAAUAUUAAUAAUAAUAAUAAUACGCACAAAGGGAACACGUUUCACUCCAACAUAACAGUGCCUCCUGGUGGAUAGACAGUGUUGUUCCCCAGUGUCACAGAAAUUAUUUCCUGUUAUCUCCAUUUAUCUGUUUGUUUGUUUUUUUGUGAUAAUUUGGAGAUGUUCUCAAAAAGCAAUACAUUUAUUUAUUGUGGGGUUGUAAGUAUUUAUUAGAAAGGCUAUAACUAAGAAAGGAUAUCAUCAAGAGCAAGGAAGACAUAGGAAAGAAAAGUAAAGAGAUAUGCAGUCAGGCAAUUUUUCCAGCCUGCAUUAUCAUGAUGGAAUAUAAAAAAAAUGUUUUAUUUAUAAAAGAGUAUUUUUAUUGUUAUUUUGUUGUAAAGUGGAGAGAAUGUAUAAACUUGGAUUGUACCAUGUGGUGGGAGCUACCUGAUGUGUUUUCUGCAUUCCAUUCAACAAAUGGCAAACUGUUAGCAGCUUGGUUGGAAAAGUUGUUUUUUAGUUUCUUUAAUGUAGAAACUGGUUUUUUGUCAUAGUUUGAGUUCUGUCUUAGAAAAAAAAUUGAGCCCAAUAAGAUUGCAAUGAAAGUUCUCUGAAGACCAGGUUUAUGGUUUAGUAUUAAGACACAGUCAUUAAAAGUGAAUUGAUAGUGAAUACAUGAGAAAGAGUUUUCAGAGAACUUUCAAGUGUGAAAGCUUCAUGAACCUUUUAGACUACAACACGGUCCAAUGCAAAUGUCAGAGAGAGUUAACUAUUCAUGUUUAAAAUAAGACCCCCACUUCAACAAACCUACAUUACCCCACCUAACCCCUCGUCUUAUAUCGGUGUAUUGCCUGAGACUGCAGUGUAAGGAUAGUUCAGAAAAUAAAUCCAUGACAUUUUCUUCAGAUACUCUCUCCCCAAAUGGAUGCUGAUUCUAUUCUUUUUGUUGCUCUUACUGUAUGUAUAUUUUUGCUCAUGCUUACUGCAAACCAAGAUAGAUAAAUAAAUAAAUGUCAUUUAAGGGAAA